GAGCUGCCGGGCGAGCACCGUUAGGGCAGCCUGGCGCGCGGCGCCCGCCAGGCGCCCAGUCCUCCGCCAUCGCCCACGCCUCCCUGGUGCCAGGGAACAGGUAUCAGCGCGCCUCCCCAGUGGCUGGGAGAGACGCUGAGUGAAGAAGAGGGAAGGACGGUUAGUCAGUGCGACAACUGCCAGAGCUGCUUGGAGAGCUAAGCUGGAAGGGUGCUUAUCCCUGCGUAGAAACGCCUGCCAAUGCUUUCUCAUUUGGACCCAGACUCCAGAUCAGGAGCAGACUUAUAGCUGGAUCAGCUACCAAGAGAAGUUCUAAAUCAAGAAGAGAAAAGCAUUUCAAUUUGGGACAUUUAUUUGCACCUGGAAAUGGGGAAUGGGCUAUCAGACCAGACUUCUAUCCUGUCCAACCUGCCUUCAUUUCAGUCCUUCCACAUUGUUAUUCUGGGUUUGGACUGUGCUGGAAAGACAACUGUCUUAUACAGGCUGCAGUUCAAUGAAUUUGUAAAUACCGUACCUACCAAAGGAUUUAACACUGAGAAAAUUAAGGUAACCUUGGGAAAUUCUAAAACAGUCACUUUCCACUUCUGGGAUGUAGGUGGUCAGGAGAAAUUGAGGCCACUGUGGAAGUCAUAUACCAGAUGCACAGAUGGCAUUGUAUUUGUUGUGGACUCUGUUGAUGUUGAAAGGAUGGAAGAAGCCAAAACUGAACUUCACAAAAUAACUAGGAUAUCAGAAAAUCAAGGAGUCCCUGUACUUAUAGUUGCUAACAAACAAGACUUGAGGAACUCAUUGUCUCUUUCAGAAAUUGAGAAAUUGUUAGCAAUGGGUGAACUGAGCUCAUCAACUCCUUGGCAUUUGCAGCCUACCUGUGCAAUCAUAGGAGAUGGCCUAAAGGAAGGACUUGAGAAACUACAUGAUAUGAUCAUUAAAAGAAGAAAAAUGUUGCGGCAACAGAAAAAGAAAAGAUGAAUAUCAAUACCUAUUAUAUCUGUGUGGAGUAGGUUUUCUCUGGUCUGAUUUUGACAAAUAGAAGUGUCUACAGCGUGGUUUGCCUGUCUGCCCUCCUGGAUGCUAUUAAAGCUUUGUUUUGUUGAACAAUCAAGAUGCCCAACUCUGUUGCCUUGUGGAAGAUGAGUAAAUGCAGUGCUUCUUAAAGUGGUCUCUUCUCCCUACCCCACAAAUCUUUUGGUACUACCAUUUGGGGAAGCCAAGCAAGGAUAGUAAAUUGACCAGAACACAGUUGUGGGAAUUUGGCCUGAAGUUAGUGAAAUAAAACUUUAAAGAGUGUC